ACGUGAUAAUUCGCACCAAUUGGCGCGUUUCUUACUGCAGAACUGCUCCUGAACUUUGGCCAAUGAGAAGCCGACUUCGUUUCCCUCCAGUGGCAGUCAUGGCGCCGCCCGUGAGGUACUGCAUCCCGGGCUGCUUUUGAUUUCGCGGUCGAUAGGAAAGGGCACUGCGGACGCGUCUUUAGGACCUCAGCAGAACAGCUGGUCUCCGAGUUUCUUCCAGCUGAGGUCUCCACUGCUGGGCACCUCGCCACCACAGGCCAGAUGUGGUCCCGCUUGAUUCUGUUGCUGACAUUCGGGGAAGGAAGUUAGGGGACGAGCAGAGGCGGGUUCCGCCUGCAGUGAGCUGAAUCUUGUCCGGAUGUCGCCUCCCUUUCUGGUUUCAUCUUGCUCCGCUAUUCCCACCCCACUCUGCAGUCUAGUCACACAGGCUUCUUUGUCGCUGGUGGGCUUCCUGUGAUUUCUGUGAUGAGAGAAACAGAAUCUCAAUUGCUACCAGAUGUGGGGACUAUUGUAACCUGUAAGGUCUCUAGCAUCAAUUCACGCUUUGCCAAAGUGCACAUCCUAUAUGUGGGGUCCACACCACUUAAGAACUCUUUUCGAGGAACUAUCCGCAAGGAAGAUGUCCGAGCUACUGAAAAAGACAAGGUUGUUGGUUGAGAUUUAUAAGAGUUUCCGCCCUGGUGACAUUGUCUUGGCCAAAGUGAUCUCUCUGGGUGAUGCACAAUCGAACUACCUCCUGACCACUGCUGAGAAUGAACUUGGGGUGGUGGUGGCCCACAGUGAAUCGGGUGUCCAGAUGGUUCCCAUUAGCUGGUGUGAGAUGCAGUGCCCUAAGACCCACACUAAAGAAUUCCGGAAAGUGGCCAGAGUACAGCCUGAAUUCUUACAGACCUAAGAAGAUUUACCCUACAUUUUACCCCAUGGAGAGGGGUAAGCCGUUUCUAAGAGUACAUACAUGUAUGAACCCAACAUCAAGAUGCCAUUGUCUUUAUUCAAACACCUGUGGUUGGCUAACAACCAUCUUUAGAAAAAUCUGCCAGCAACUUAUACUGUAGGUGGAACAUUUUUCUUAUGAACCUUUCAGUGGAUUUCAUUCUCGAGUGAUGAAUUUUUUUGGAGGCGCCAGCAGACAAACUGUAUAAUAUUGGAAGUAGCCCGAUCCUUCUGACAGUCUCACAGAUACGUAUUUUUGCUGUGACAAAGAAAACGUUUUUACUAAAAGGAUUUUAUGGCUUCUGUUGUCUUGAGUAGGGAAGGGAAUCUAAAAAGCAUCAUGACAUUUAAAGCUGGGGUUUGCCUGGUUGCACCCAUUAACUUACAUGUCAAGUGCUUGCUUUCUCUGGAAAAGCCUAAUCUCCAAUCUUUUUUAUACUUUUUAUGUUCACUUUCAAGCACUUCCACUUACUGAGUACUUUCUAUGUGCCAGGCACUAGGUGAAGCACUUUAUAUACAUCUCAUUUAAACAGAUUACAAUUUAGUGAGAAUUACAUAACACAUGGUGAUUCAGGGUACAUGCAAGUAGUUUGAAAGCAAUUAGUUGAACGAACAUAGUAUUACUGAUUUAGUGGGUACCCUAAGAAAUGUUUAAAUCUGAAUUGAAAAGAGGGACAGAGCACUAUCAUGUGAGGUGACCAAGAAGGAUCCGUGAUGUGAAGCAAAAGGAACCGAAGAACUUAGAUAAAUGGAAUGAAGGAUAUGCAAGGCAGACAGUGAAGCAAAGUAUAGAAGCAAGAAUGAAUACACAAGUGUUCAUUGAGGAUGAGGAUGAGGAAGGGAUGAGAUGAGGGUUAAGCAUGGAGAAGCUGCAGAAGGAAUGGAAGGAAAGAACUAGAUGUCAGUUCUUGAGAUGUUCUUCAAGGAGCCUGUAUCUUUUAUGUGUAUUGACAGUGGUUACAGGUAAACUCUGGAGUGUACCUGCCUAGGUUCAUAUCCUCUAGCUGCUAGCCUUGAAUAGGUUAGGUUGGGUUUUUUAGUUUUUGUUUUUUUUUAAUAGAAAAUUGGAUUGGGAUCCUUGUAGCUCCCCAUGCAGUUUUAAGAAAUAAUAGAGAUUCCUUAGACACUUUGCCCAUUUUUUCCCAAUGGUGACAUUGUGCAAAUUACAGUAUACCUAAACAAUCAGGAUGUUGCCAUUGAUAGUAGUGCAAGUUAACUUUGUUUCUUGUAAGUCUGUUUCCUUGUCUGGAAUAGUAUGAUCUUAGGGUUAUUGUGAGGAAGAAAUGCAUAAGUUACAGUACAUGCCAAUAUCGUUACAUGUUACUGUUGUUAUUAUAGAUCUGGUUGCCUUCUAUCAAGUAUGUUAAAUUCCAGGCAUUAUGUUAAGCAGUCCCCUGAUAGAUGUUUUAAACUUUACAGAUUUUCUUUGAUAGACAGUGCUGCAGAGAAAACUCCUAUACUGUAUAUACUUGUGCCUGCCUAGGAUUCUGUGGCAAAAGAUUCCUAGAAGUGGAAUGCCGGGUCAAAGAAUGUGUACAUUUUAAAUUCUGGUUAUAUUUUUCCCAUGUUGCCUUGUAGAAAGAUGCUACCACCUGAUUCUCCCUACAGUGUUAGCCAUUUUAACUUACUCUAUCUCUGAACUUCCCAGUAACUCUGAAAUGUACUGGUCAUUUCUGUCUUUUACAGAGAGGUAAAUUAAGGCUUAGAAAAAUUAGCUAACUUGCUCUAAGUCACAUAGACAUCAAGCGGCAUAGCAUUAUUCAAACCUAGGUUUGUCUUACUGUAAAACCCAAAUUCUUUCUUUUGCACCAUGGUGCCUCCUUUUUCCAAGUAUUGACUAGAACCUUGGGCAUGCAAUUAGAGGCUCUCCAAAUUGACAAUGGCUCAUUAAUUAUGAGUGCUUGUUGGGACAUCAUUCAUUCAAUAAAUAUACAUUGAGCAACUACUAUGCCCACCACUUUUCCAGGAAGUAGGAGUUAAAGCAGUGAACAUGAUAGAACCCUUUCCUUGUCGAGAUUACAUUCUACUGGGGAAAGACAGGUGAUACGUAAAUAAAAGUUAUAAUAAAGUGUCAUAAAGAGCAUUUGAAACAGGUGGAUAAUAGCCCUUUCUGAUCUACUGCAGAGCAGGUUAGAUUUUCUCCAUUAACCAUUGAUACUAGUAUUGCAAGUAAAUUUAUAUGCCUGUCUCCCCUACUUGCCUGAGCUUUUAGGGCAGGAUUCUGUCUUUGAAUUUUCAGUACCUGGUAUUGUGACUAAAAUAUAGCAAAAGCACAAUAAAAAAAUUUUUGAAUGUUCUCA